GCAGCGAUGGCCGAAAAGAGCCUUGACCCCACCUGUGUCUCCAUCGCCCUGGAGGACGCCGUCUGCAAUUCCGGCUCUCAAGAAGCUCCCCUGCUGACCACCCACCUGAAGAAGGUGGAGAACCACAUCACGGACGCCCAGAGGUUCUCCCAUUUGCCCAAGCGCUCGGCCGUGGACAUUGAGUUCAUCGACCUGUCGUAUUCUGUCCGCGAGGGCUCGUGCUGGCGGAAGAGAGGAUACAAGACACUGCUGAAAUGCCUGUCUGGAAAGUUUUGUCGUCGCGAACUCAUUGGAAUUAUGGGUCCUUCUGGAGCUGGGAAAUCCACCCUUAUGAACAUCCUGGCGGGUUACCGGGAGACGGGCAUGAAAGGCCAGAUCUUUGUGAACGGACGUCAGAGAGAGCUGCGCACCUUCCGGAAAAUGUCUUGCUACAUCAUGCAGGACGAUAUGCUGCUGCCACAUCUCACCGUGCGCGAGGCCAUGAUGGUUUCUGCAAACCUGAAGCUGAAUGAGAAGCAGGAGGUGAAGAAGGAGCUGGUGAACGAGAUCUUGACCGCGCUGAGUCUCCUGGAGUGUUCCUACACCCGCACCAUGUCCCUGUCUGGAGGGCAGCGCAAGCGUCUCGCCAUUGCUCUGGAGCUGGUCAACAAUCCCCCGGUCAUGUUUUUUGAUGAACCCACCAGCGGGCUGGAUAGCUCCUCGUGCUUCCAGGUGGUCUCCCUGCUGAAGUCUCUGGCCCAAGGCGGACGCACCAUCAUCUGCACCAUCCACCAGCCCAGCGCAAAACUCUUCGAAAAGUUCGACAAGCUUUAUAUCCUGAGUCAGGGUCAGUGUAUCUUCAAGGGAGCCGUACCCAACCUCAUCCCGUACCUAAAAGGGCUGGGCCUGCAUUGCCCCACCUACCACAACCCAGCUGAUUUCAUUAUUGAAGUUGCUUCGGGAGAAUAUGGGGACCUCAACCCGCUGCUGUUCCAAGCUGUCCAGAACGGGCUGUGCGUCAUGGCGGAGAAGAAGACCAGUCCCGACAAAAACGAUUCAUCUUGCCAGGGACACUGUGUGUCGGAGAUAGAUCACAUUGAGAGCCACACUUUUGCUACCAGCACUCUGACUCAGUUCUGUAUUCUCUUCAAGAGGACGUUCCUGUCCAUUCUGAGAGACACGGUGCUAACCCACCUGCGGUUCAUGUCGCACAUCUGCAUCGGCGUCCUCAUUGGCCUGCUUUACCUGCACAUCGGCAAUGAUGCCGCCAAAGUCUUCAACAACACUGGAUUCCUGUUCUUCUCCAUGCUCUUCCUCAUGUUUGCCGCUCUGAUGCCGACCGUCCUCACAUUUCCUCUAGAGAUGUCUGUGUUUCUGAGGGAGCAUCUCAACUACUGGUACAGCUUGAAGGCCUAUUUCCUAGCCAAAACCAUGGCAGAUGUUCCUUUCCAGGUGAUUUGCCCCAUCACCUACUGCAGCAUCGUCUACUGGAUGACGGGUCAGCCUCCAGAAGCCACUCGCUUCCUGCUCUUCUCCGCCCUGGCCACCUCCACUGCCCUGGUGGCCCAAUCCCUGGGGCUCGUGAUAGGGGCAGCGUCCACCUCCUUACAGGUAGCCACGUUUGUGGGUCCUGUCACAGCGAUUCCCGUCCUCCUCUUCUCUGGCUUCUUCGUCAGCUUCAAGACCAUCCCUACCUACUUACAGUGGAGUUCCUACGUCUCUUACGUCAGGUACGGCUUUGAAGGCGUCAUCCUCACCAUCUACUCCUUGGAACGUGAAGAGCUGGAAUGUAAGGUCCCCGAAUGCCCUUUCAAGGAUCCCAUGAAGAUACUCAAGGAACUGGAUGUGGAAGAAGCCAAACUCUACCUUGAUUUCAUUGUCCUGGGGAUUUUCUUUGUCAUCCUCCGGCUGAUGGCCUACCUCACCCUCAAGUACAAGGUGAAGUCCGAAAGAUAAAAGGGGCCUCAGGCACGCCCCUGAUGCCCUUUGGCGGACGCUAUCGGCUGUGCCACGCCCACUUCUCUAAGGACACAAACUCUGCGGGCCCGUGGGUCCAGGAGGGAGGUGAUCGGGUAGCUGGUGACCGGAGUCAGCUCAGUCGAGAAGGGUUGAUGAGACGUCUCGGAACUGUUUUAACCUUUACAAGCAUCCUCUUCAUUGCAGAAUGGUCUCUCCGCUCCCUUUUUGUAUACUUCUGGAAUGUGUCAAACUCUCUUCCCGGAGCAGUA